CUCAGAUGAUUUUUCCUAGUGCUACAUGUAUGUGAGAAGAUGAACUGGAAUCACAUUACCCGGGCAAUAAUUUUCCUUUCUCUUGCUGGACCUGGAAUUGUAGGAAAUAUCCUAGUGUUUGUGAGACAGCUGUACAUGUCUGCCUUGGGGGCUGAGAAAAAACCCGUCAACCUUAUUUUCAUCCACUUGGCAUUUUCUAAUGUGAUUAUUAUUUGUAGCGCAGGGAUCAGAGACAUAGCCAUACUUUUUUAUUCCAGCAGCUUCCUAGGAGAUAUUGGCUGUAAAGCUGUGGUUUAUCUGGCAAGGAUGGCACGGGGCCUCUCCAUCUGCACGACCUGUCUCCUCAGCGUGGUCCAGGCACUCACCAUCAGUUCCAGGACCACCAUUUGGAGAAAGCUCAAGCCACAGACCUCAUGGCAAGUUCUGCCCUUUCUCCUCCUCUUUUGGAUUGUUAAUUUGCUCAUAAGCUCCAACUUGCUCUGCUACAUCAAAGCAGGCAGUGGCUUGAACAAGUCUGUAACUGGAAUGUACAUUAACCAUUGCUAUAUGCUGCCAUCCAGACAUACCAUCAAGUGGCUUUUCCUCUCUCUCAUGACUCUUCGUGAUGCCAUCUUUCAGAGUCUGAUGGGCUGGAGCAGUGGGUCCAUGGCCCUCCAUCUGUAUAAGCAUCACCAGCGUGUCCUCUACCUUCACAGCUCCAGGUUUGCAAACAAUUCCUCUCCAGAAAUCAGAGCUACAUGGAGUGUUCUCAUGCUUAUGGCCUGCUUCCUUUUCUUCUAUUGGGUAGAUUUUAUUUUCUCCUUCUACACAGGUUUCACAGUGACACAUGAUUCAAUUUUUCUAAGUAUUAAAACAGUUUUAGAAGUUGCUUAUGCUAGUUUCAGCCCCUAUGUUCUGAUCAUCAGAGAUGUCCGUGUUCCUAAUAUCUUGCAAGCUCACAGAGAAGUGUAG